AUGACAACACUUCAGCCCAGGCCCCCCUACACAGAUGAAGAGCUCCGGAGCCUUUAUCCCCCCGGUUUGGACCUGCAGCUUGUGCAGGUUCUCAUGAGGCACGGCGAGCGCACACCCGUGUCGCCCCGGUUCCAAAAUGCAGGCCUCAAACCCUUCUGGCCCUAUUGCCGGGUUGCCAAGGAGCUGAGAUCCGUCAUCCUCGAGCCGGGCAACACCAACGGCGGCGGCGGCUCCCUCUCAACACUCGAGUGGAGCCGGCGCAUCGAGACGUUUGGGCGCCACGACGAACCUCGCAUCGCCACGGGUCCGCGCGGCGAGCUCGACGCCGUGUGCGACUUGGGCAUGCUCACGGAUGAGGGCAGGGCGACAACGUACGCGCUCGGCCAGCGGCUGAGGAGACUGUACGUAGAGCAGCUGCGGUUCCUGCCCGCGACGGCCGCGGGCGGGGUCGACGAUGUGUACCUGCGCUCGACCCCGAUCCCGCGCGCGCUCGAGUCGCUACAGCAGGCCUUCUCGGCGCUGUACCCGCCAGCCACGAGACUGCCCGCCGCCGACGGGUCGGCCUUUCGCCCGCCCACCAUCAUCACGCGCACGCCCGGCGACGAGACCCUGUACCCCAAUGAAGCCGGCUGCCGGCGCCUGGCUGCGCUGUCGCGGGCCUUUGCCCAGCGAACCGCCGACCGCUGGAAUGACUCUGCGGACAUGGAGUACCUCAACCGGCUGUGGGCCAAGUGGAUGCCUGAGGACAGCCCCCGCGUCGCCGUGGACUCCCGCCCGCGCCUGUCGGGCAUCAUGGACACAGUAAACUCGACGCUGGGCCACGGGCCCGAGACCAGGCUUCCUCGCGAGUUCUACGACAAAAAGGCCAUCGCCAUCACUGAAAAGAUUGGUGUAGAGGAAUGGUUCAGCGGGUAUAAGGAGUCGCGUGAAUACCGUGCUCUGGGCAUCGGCAGUCUCAUGGGUGACUUAGUCGGAAGAAUGGUCGCCAGUGCAGAAGGACCAGCCGCCGAAGGGACCGAACGGCAGAACGAGAGCCGCAAGGAUACUUAUGUCAAGUUUGGCCUCAGCGGCUGUCACGACACUACCCUCGCCGGGAUCCUAGCCAGCCUAGGUGCCUUUGAGACGGAAAAAUGGCCCCCAUACACCAGCCACGUGGCCAUUGAAAUGUUCCGCGAUCCUACUAGGUCAGCAGCCGCAGCUGUUUUGCCUACAAAUAAAGGGUGGUGGAGUGCACUUAGCUCCAAGGUCGGCAAGGCAUCCAGGGGAAUUGGGCGAAAGACUAUGGACGAGCUAUCUCCAAGUGAAACAGAGAGGCUUCAUGGUUACUACGUACGCGUACGAUACAAUGAUGAACCCGUGACCAUUCCUGGUUGCAGAAUCCCUGGAAAUCACCUCGAUGGCAACGAGAGCUUCUGUACUCUGAGAGCGUUCAAGUCCAUAGUAGACAAGUUCACUCCGCGGAACUGGAAGGAGGACUGCCGCCGGAGUACCAGUGAUCCUGUGUUUCCCGCCAAACCAGAACCCGCAGGCUUUUGA